AUGACUCCGGCAAGUGAACAUUAUUUGACAAAUUUUACAUUUUUCUUCGUUUCCCUCAGACUCCUCGGAAGACUUGCUUUCCGAAUUUUCCAUUACGAAAACGAAAGCACCGCCUCCCCGUCGUCACCGACACCAGAAACUGAGGGCAGACGCUUUCUGAGUCCAGUCGAUUCGAAAGGCGUUGGUCUGGGAAUUGUCGGAGCUCUUGUGGACGACAAUUCUGUCGACUCCGAACAGAACCCUGAAAGCCCGAGGAUUCUGUUCGGGUUCCAAAUUAACACCGAUUCACCUCCCUUACUUUUUCUAUCUGAUUCGCCUGUGACCUCAUCGGAUUCCGAAACAGAGGUCACCACCGAGUCCCGAGUCGGAACCUGGAACCCUCCUCGGAUCAUCCAAAUCUGUCUUUCUGCCAGCGAGAUGGAGAUGUCUGAGGAGUACACUCGGGUAAUUUUUCACGGCCCUAAGCCGAGAAUCAUGCAUAUAUACAGCAACUGCAUUGUUGACAACAGCUUGUUCGAAGCUGAAUCGUCCUCGGUGUCGUCGCCGGCAGACGAUCAAAGUGUGUAUCCUUCGUCGAGGUUUCUGAGCUUCUGUGAUUUCUGCAAGAAAAGGAUGGGGCGCCAAGACAUCUACAUGUUGAGGGAUGAGAGAGCCUUCUGCAGUGCUCAGUGCAGGUACGCCGGAAUACUGAUGACUGAAGAAGAAGAGUUCUUGAAGGUAGCCCCGGUGAAGAAGGCGGAACUUUUGAGUGUAGCGGCUGUGUGA